AUGUCGUCAGCACCGGUCAAUCCCGCAACCGGCCCGUCUUCCUCUGCGCGCCGCGACUCCUAUACUCCUAGCACUUCUUCCUCUCAGGGCUCCCAGCCCACCAGCACCUCCUCGCCUUCGUCGUCCGAAUCGUCAUCUGCAUCACCUCCGCAGCAGCAACCACUGCCCGUGCGUCCUUCCAAGCCGCCCAAACAGCAGUCCAGGGACCCCUUCGUCUUCGUCAACAUCGAGGGCGGCCAGAAGACGCAGUACCCGCCGUGGCGCGACCUGCGCAGCCACGUCCAACUUGCCGUACACGAAAACAAGCGGCGCAAAAGGGAUAAGGCGUUGGGGCUGCCGCCGGCUGCCAGGGAAAAGGACAAUGACAAAGGUGGUAAUGCGAGGGAAGACGAAAGGAGGGAGCAAGAACGACGUCGCGCGAGGCAGCGGGUCGGCCAGCAGCACCACCAGGUGGCCAUGCUGCCUCCGCGUGGCGCUACUGUCUGGAGCGUGGGUGCGGGCCGGGCCGACCCGUUCGCUGCCCUGCCGGUCGAGAACUCGGUGUAUCUGGACCAGAUGAUCAAGUACUUCUUCGCCCACUACCCUGGCGCGACGCCGCUGGCCGACGACAACCUCGUCAACAGCGGAAAUGAGCGCCUCCGCUCCCGCCUCAACUGGAACAACACGCUGUGGAAUCUAUUACGACAGGAGGAGACGUCACUGCUGGUGCUGCUGUACGGGAUCUCUUUUGUGCGCGACAUUGUCUCAAAGACGGAGAUCAGCCGCGAGAGCUUGUCGUACAUGGGGCGGACGAUGGCGGCGGUGCGUGCGAACAUGCCACCCGCCGGGGCAGAGGCGAGCCGAGGGCCGGAGAGCAUUACCGAGUCCUUUGUUGCUGCUGUAGCGGGAUUGGGUGCGGGGACGAGCAUUGCGGGCGACUUCUCUGCCUCAAACUCCCACAUCAAAGGCAUGCACGCUCUGAUUGCGGCCCGCGGCGGUAUCGAUACAUUCACCAAGUUCGGCCAACGCACCUUGCUCUGGUGCGAGUUGAACGGUUGUGUCGCGCAGCUCAAGAUGCCAAUUCUCCGCCCUAAACCCCUCCCCAUCAAUCUCGGCUUCCCCCUUGGCUUCGAGCGCGCAGUGCAGAAACUCCACGCAGCAACGCUCACGCAUCUCCCGUCGCUGGCAGAAACCCCGGUCGGCACGGCCCUAUACCGAAUCCACAUGGUCGGGCUCGCGCUCGCGCCGCCAUGGAACACAAUCGUCGAUCGCGAGGCCAUCAGCUGCGUGCUCGACGUCGCAGAGUACGACCUCCUGGGGGAGCUAGUCCGGCUCAACAAUUCGAGCGAAUGGGCAGCGUACGCGUUCGCGCACUGCGAAGACGAGGCUUCAUUCCCAAGCGCAAGCGCCGACACGGCUAGGACGGCGCCCCCCGCCCCCGACCCCGCCGACCUCGUCUACGCCGCCGUGGCGCAGGCCGCACAGCUCUACAUCUGGGGCGUUCUCAGCGACGUGCGCAUCGACUCGGCCGCGAAAGGGAUGUUCACGCGGCAGCUGCGCGCUCUGCUCAGCGUGCCGGACCUGCUGCAGCGGUGGCUGGACGCGGGCGCGGGCCUGCCCGCUCUGGCCUGGAUGCUGGGCGUGGGGUGGUCGGUUGCGCGGAAGCAUCGGCGCGGCGAGGCGCUCACGGCGUGGUAUGAGGCGCUGUUGGGGAGUGUGGCGUCCACUGUCUGGGACAUGCUUGGCAGCGUGGACAGGUUGAUGGCGGAGUUUCCGUAUUCGGACGAGUUCUGGAAAGAGAUGUGGAGGCUGGCUAACCGGUGGGGCGCUCUGGAUGGUGGUGCUGGUGGGGGUGCUGAUGGGGGUGCUGGUGGAGGUGCAGUGUGA